AUGCUGUUGCUUACGUUUCUGCUGCUCGUCUUAUUUACAGGUCCCACGCCUACAUUGGCUGCCGAAUGUGAUCUCAUCGAAGAAGCGAUUUCUCUGCAAUGUCUUUCCCCAUUGGUGGAGUAUGCGACUAUUGAUCGAUACGUUCUGCAUCCUCCUCUGAGUGACGUAGAUAAUUUGUGCAAUCAGUACAAAGAAUACAAAGUGUGCACCAUAGGUAUAGACCCGAAUUGCAGGAAAUCUCGGGCACCGAAUAUUGAACGAAUGUACGAAGGAAUGUGUGAGGAGAGUUUCCGUAGUGUUGUACGCGAAGAAGUCCAAUGUUUAUCGAAUUUAGAGAGAGAUCAAAAGCUUAGAGAAUGUUUUGUGAAUCGAACAAAUACGCUUCGAGAUGAAGAUCCAGCUGUUCCACCAAAAGCUGAUGUAUCGUACUCUUCUUACGAAUGUCUCAUCACACAAACGUACGUGGAUUGUCUGCUGGAACGAAAGGAUAAGUCAUGCAAGGAAGCCAUAAAGCUCGAAAUGGCAAUGCUAUCAAUGUUAUCCUCCCGGAAUGAUAGCCAGUGUGUACUUCAUACAACUUCAACGAAAAAACGUCCAGUACAAACAGAGGUCCCACUAGAGGAAUGUGACAAACGUGGAAACUGUAAAUGUCGUUUGAAUGGUUACGUUUACGAUUCGGACACGAAAAAAUGUAUUGAUAUCAACGAAUGUGACACCUUGGAACCAGGCUGCUCUCAGAAAUGCGUCAACCAUCCGGGAACCUACGAAUGUAUUUGUGAUCCAAGUUUCUUUCGACUUGACACGGAUAACAAGACCUGUAUACGUAAUGACAAAGAUCCAAUGUGGCUCUUCUUCGCUCAUGGACAAUCGAUCUGGAACAUUUCACUGAGUGGAGGAUCGUUCGAAUUACAAAAAGCAGGACUGCAAAAGACCGCUGUACUUGAUAUUGACGUGGUUGAACGCCGAAUUUAUUACGCGGAUGUGGGAGCAAACUCCAUAGAACGACUGAAUUUAGAUGGAACAUUCCCGCAUGUGCUGCAAAAAUACGAAGUCGACGGUCUCGAAGGGAUUGCGGUCGAUUGGAUUGGAAGAAAUCUCUACAGUUUACGAAGGACUGAUAUCCUGGUGCAAACAUUAGAAGGACACCACCGACGAGCACUUUAUAAGGGAGUGAUGCGUCUACCGCGUGCUAUUGCUGUACAUCCGGCAAAAGGGAUGAUGUUCGUUUCCGACUGGUCCUCGUACGCCUUCAUCGCUGCCGCAUCAAUGGAUGGCUCAUCAUUUAUGAAAAUUAUCACCGAUCGAAUCACUUGGCCAAAUGCUAUCGCUGUAGACGUUUACAGUGAUAAAGUCUAUUGGGCUGAUGCGUAUAAUGAUGUCAUUGAAGUGGCAAAUCUUGACGGAUCAGGUCGUCGUGCGAUCAUUUCGGAUUCGGGGACAGUUCCACACGUUUUCGCGCUAGCCGUAGCCGACGAUUUGCUUUAUUGGAGUGAUUGGACCUAUAGGGGUCUCCUGCGUGCGAACAAAUUAAAUGGUGAAAAUGUGACGGUGGUCGCCCAAACCGCUUUGCUACCGUAUGGCCUGAAGGUGUUUCAUACAUCUCUACAACCCCGAUUCCCUACACUUUGUGACACAUUGGGUUGUGAACAAUUGUGUCUUCUUGGACCUGAACGGACCGCUAAAUGCUCCUGUGGUGACGGAUACGAAUUGCAUGGCAACGGGAAGAAUUGCACCAGCAAUUGUGACGAAAAGCACUUUGAAUGUGGUGGAACUGAAGCGAAAUGUAUCUCGAAGUUCUACACCUGUGAUGGGGUCCCACAUUGCAGCAACCAAGCGGACGAGAUGAAUUGCCCUCCGCGCAUUUGUCUACCAGGACAAUUCCAAUGUCACGAUAACAAGAAAUGUGUGGCACCUGGUGGUUUAUGCGAUGGAGUCGAGGAUUGUUGGGAUGCGUCCGACGAGAAGUUCUGUCCAUCGGAAGAAUCAAUUAUGCUGCCCGAACAAGUAAAUCCGUGGUAUGCCGGUCUGUUGGUUGUUGGAGGAGUUGUUGGUUAUUUGAAAGCGGGCUCGGUUCCCUCUUUGAUCGCCGGUGCAGGAAGUGGCGCCAUAGUGGCUGCUUUUACGUUUAUGGACCUUCCAUAUAAAACUCUUGCUGUCGCAGGUGUCUCUGGAGUACUGUCAUAUAUUAUGGGAAUGAGAUUUGCGAACUCACACAAAAUCAUGCCGGCUGGACUAAUCGCUUUUGCAAGCGUUGGUGCCCUGCUUGUUCAACUAAACCACAUGCGUAAGACAGGAAGUCUUCACUAA